AGAGGAGCAAGUCGGGUGCCAUUUUUGGGUGUUGGGUUGUGAAUAGAAUCGGCGGUUCACCCACAGCGUGUGCAUUAGGCUGAAACAAGCAAGAUAGCAUUGAAUUUGUACGCCACGCUCAGCCCCAUCCACCCAUGUUCGUCCGGCCUCGAGCUCAGGCGCGGUCAGGCUACAUCGGUCCAGUCUCUUAACGUCCCUCUCAAUUUCUGCACUGACAACUCGCGUCUCCCAGCUGAUACGCACCCCUUUCUCGCUCUUGGUUUCUCUCUGUCUUUAUUGUAUUUUUUUGAGCUUUCGGUAAGAGGAGUGAGUAUUAUGGGUUGUGGGGUGUGCAGUGGGUGACUGAAAAGGAGAACCGUGAAAGAAAUGAAAAAGAGCGACUGAGAGAGACAGAGGCAAAGAGAGUGGACGUAUUAGAACUGCCUUUUUUUUCUUUCGCGUUUUCGUGUUCUUGAGGGACAAGCCACCAACAUAUGGUCUUCUUCUUUUUCUUUCCUCUGCAUUUCUUCACAGCUAUGGCUCCUAAACUCUUCUGUUUGAUCAUUUUCUCUUCUGCUUUGCUUUGCCUCUCCUAUGAACCUCGAAAUCCUGAAGUGGAAGCUCUGAUUCAUGUGAAGGCAGCAUUGAAUGAUCCGCACGCUGUGCUCAGCAAUUGGGAUGAAGACUCAGUGGACCCUUGCAGUUGGGCAAUGAUCACAUGCUCCCCUGAUAACCUCGUUGUAGGACUAGGAGCUCCGAGCCAGUCUCUUUCCGGAACUUUGUCUGGGGCGAUUGGGAACCUAACAAAUCUUCGCCAAGUGUUGCUGCAGAACAAUAACAUUUCCGGUCAAAUUCCCAUUGAACUUGGAGCUCUCCCAUUGCUUCAAACAUUAGAUCUCUCAGAAAAUCACUUCUCUGGCCCUAUACCAGCAUCCUUUGGUCAGCUGAACGGUCUACGCUACCUGAGGGUGAACAAUAAUAGCUUGUCCGGGCCUUUUCCCGUGUCUUUGGCCAAAAUCCCCCAGCUUGCUUUCUUGGAUUUGUCUUUUAACAAUCUUAGUGGACCAGUGCCUGUGUUUCCGGCCAGAACAUUCAAUGUGGUGGGAAAUCCGAUGAUUUGUGGAAGUAACCCUACUGAGGGUUGCUCUGGCUCAGCCAAUGCCGUUGCUCUUUCUCUCUCUCUAGAAUCCUCCCCUGGAAGACUCAGGUCCAAAAGAAUAGCAGUGGCACUUGGGGUCAGCCUCAGCUGUGCUUUUCUGAUACUCCUAGCAUUUGUGAUUCUUUGGCGCAGAAAGAAUCACAAGGCCAAGACCAUUCUAGACAUCAAUGUAGACAAUCAAGAAGUUGGGCUUGUGCGCUUAGGCAACCUGAGGAACUUCAGUUUCAAAGAGCUCCAAUUAGCAACAGGGCAUUUCAGUUCCAAAAAUAUACUUGGGGCUGGAGGAUUUGGUAAUGUGUACAAGGGAAAGCUAGGAGAUGGGAGUAUGGUGGCAGUGAAACGGCUAAAAGAUGUUACGGGUACCACUGGAGAGUCUCAGUUCCGCACAGAGUUGGAGAUGAUUAGCCUGGCAGUUCAUCGCAAUUUGCUUCGGCUAAUUGGUUAUUGUGCCACUUCUCACGAGAGGCUCUUAGUGUACCCAUACAUGUCAAAUGGCAGUGUAGCUUCCAGGCUCAGAGGAAAGCCAGCAUUGGACUGGAAUACAAGGAAGAGAAUAGCAAUUGGUUCUGCAAGGGGUCUGCUGUACCUCCAUGAGCAAUGUGAUCCUAAGAUAAUCCAUAGAGAUGUGAAGGCUGCGAAUGUGCUUCUGGAUGACUUCUGUGAAGCUGUAGUUGGUGAUUUUGGACUUGCAAAGCUUCUUGACCAUGCUGACUCUCAUGUGACCACUGCUGUUCGUGGCACUGUUGGGCACAUUGCUCCAGAGUAUCUUUCAACCGGCCAAUCUUCUGAGAAGACUGAUGUGUUUGGGUUUGGCAUUCUUUUGAUAGAGCUGAUAACUGGAAUGAGAACUUUUGAAUUUGGGAAAACAAUUAAUCAAAAAGGCGUCAUGCUUGAGUGGGUGAAAAAGAUACAACAGGAAAAGAAAGUGGAAUUGCUUGUGGACAGAGAGCUAGGGAACAACUAUGAUCAGAUUGAGGUUGGGGAAAUGUUGCAAGUGGCUCUUCUUUGCACUCAGUAUUUACCUGCUCACCGUCCUAAGAUGUCGGAGGUGGUCCGAAUGCUUGAAGGGGAUGGCCUUGUUCAGAAAUGGGCUGCAUCCCACACUCAUAAUGACUUCAAUGUCAACCUCUUUCAUUCACGGAACAGCUGCAAAAGUACAUACAACCCCACAUAUGCUUUGAAGAAUAAUGGCAACGAUCGAGAACAUUCAAGCAUGUUGAGUUUUACAAUGGACGAUGAUGAUGAUGAGCGAUCUUUGGACUCCUAUGCCAUGGAACUCUCCGGUCCAAGAUAGUAGAGAAAGUAAAUGAAUCAGAGAAACAGGAAGACUAUAAUUCAUUGCUUUAAAAUUCUUUGUAAAGCCAAAAUCAAUGAUCAUCAAGCUGAAAGGAUGGGUUUUAAUGUUGGUUUCACAAUCUUGAUGUACCUUAUUUUCUUUCUUUUCUGUGGAUAUUCUGGGUUGGACAUGUAAAUAUAUGAUACCAGCUUGGUCUUCUUGAAA